GUAAAAAAGAAAAAAGGAAAAAACCAGAAAAGGGAAGAAAUGCGCAAACCGAGAUACGAGAAAGAAAUCACUUCCCAUUCACUCUAGGACUUAGGGUUUCGAUUCUCUAUUACCCUCUCUUUUGCUCUCUCGUAUUUUCUUGAAACCCAAAUUUUGAUUCAGAUUCAGCAAUUAUAAUCUUCAAUGGAUGAACCUGGUACCGGUGGUGGCGGUGAAUCUGCCGGCGGCAAGUUCUCGACGUCGUACGAGGAGUCGGCAGGGCGGCAGAGGUUUAAAGUGAAGCUGACGCCGGGGGAGACCACAAUCGUAUCAUGGAAGAAGCUUCUCAAGGACGCCACUGGCUCUCAUUCUAGAAGAAAUGCUGUUUCCGACCCUGCCCCGAGUUCAUCUGCAGCUGCCGCUGCGAAUCAACCUCUUGACUCACACAUUGCUCCGGAAGUUAAGGAUGCUCCCCCUGGAAACCGUUUAAAUGCUGUAAUAGAGAAGAUUGAACGUCUUUAUGUGGGAAAGCAUAGUGAUGAUGAGGAAGAUCUUAGUGAUGUUCCUGAUGAGGAUGAGUACGACACAGAGGAUUCUUUCAUAGAUGAUACUGAGCUGGAUGAAUAUUUUGAGGUUGACAACUCAGCAAUCAAGCAUGAUGGCUUUUUUGUUAAUCGUGGAAAUUUGGAGAGGAUAGAACCCACUUCACUGCAAAUUCAACUCCCGGAAAAGCGAAGAAGAAAAGAUCAGGCAAAAGGUCAUUCUGGGAGUGAUGGAUUUAUUCCAAAUAAACUUGCUAAAGUUGCAAAGGAUACUGGGAAACCUGUUCCUGAUGUUGCCGGAGCAUCUGGACUUCCUUACUCUGGUGUUAUGCUUGAUUUACAUCAUGAAAAUGACUCUCCAAAUAUUACCAAUGGGCUACACCAAUCACUUCAGGGAGGAGAAAAAAGUGUUGGUCACGAUGAAAGGCUCAACACUGGUCCACCCGAGGCCAAGAGCUCCAUACAGCCAGUGAGAAGGGAAGCAUCUAGUGUUAGACGAAAAGGUACAAUGCUAGAGAAGGCCAUCAGAGACUUGGAGAAGAUAGUUGCAGAAUCAAGGCCACCUAAUACCGACGUUCAAGAAGCUGAUAAUUCAUCACAAGCUAUCAAAAGGAGGUUACCACUUGAAAUAAAGCAUAAGCUGGCGAAAGUUGCUAGACUGGCGCAGGCAAGCCAUGGAAAAGUUUCAGAUGAGUUAGUAAAUCGCUUAAUGAGUAUUGUUGGCCACUUGAUACAGCUCCGGACAUUAAAGAGAAAUUUGAAGGCCAUGAUUAACAUGGGGUUGUCGGCAAAACAGGAGAAAGAUGAUAGGGUGCAGCAAAUAAAAGCAGAAGUUGCAGAUAUGAUUAGGACUCGAAUUCCACCUGCUAAAUCUAAGACAAUUGAACAAGAAGAUAGAACUAUGGAAGAUUUCCAAGAUGUCAUAAAAAAAAGAUAUCGCAUGGAUAAUGCACUAGAAGACAAGAUAUGUGACCUGUAUGAUCUUUAUAUUGAGGGUUUGGAAGAAGAUGCUGGUCCACAAGUCCGAAAGCUGUAUUCAGAGCUUGCUACGUAUUGGCCAAAUGGAAUCAUAGACAACCAUGGGAUUAAACGAGCUAUAUGUAGAGCAAAAGAUAGGAGGAAGGCUUUGUACAAUCAACGCAAGGAGCGAGAGAAGAUUGGAAGGAGCAAGGUGUCGGGUUCUAAGGUUGAGGUCCCUUGUGGAGUAGAAACUCCCAUUCUUGCUCAACCAGUGCACACCCAAGAGAGGUCGGCAGUUAAUGCAAGAGAUCAUGUUUCAACUUCAGCAAAUAAGCCAGUGCCCAAUACUGAAGCAGUAAAUGUAAAUGCAAAUGCAAAUGCUGGUGUUCCAAUGCCUGAGAGAGUGAAAGGAAGUUCCAGCAGUUGCAGUGAUAUGCCUAAAAAGAAAGCGAAGAGGAAACCGGAAUCAGAGUUGAAUGAAGGUGAGCAGCGGGCAGAGAAGAUGAGUAGUUCCACACAAGCAGUAGCUGAGAACAAGUGUCAAAAACCUCUUGCUGCUGCUCAUGUCAAACCUACUUUUCAACCUGUUGGUCCUCCAAGCUUUGGACCGCUGAUAUCAUGAAUUGUUUUUGUAGGUGGAGGAUCACAUGACAUCGGUAUAGGAUAUGUCUGACCCAUGCUUUUGAAAGUAAGUCCAGGCAAGAUGCCUUUGAUUUAAUUCACUUCACUAGCUAUGGUGGGUAGCUUCACUUAUUGUGAGGUGUUGAUAAAAAGCACUUUGUAACGGGUUAACGUGAUAUAAUAAAUUAACUAGUAUUUUACC